ACUCCAACCAAAAAAAAUCGACACACAGAGAGAUAUACCUAUAGAGAGAGAAAGACUUCUUAGAGGGAAGGGUUUCCGAAACCGCAGUUCUUUUUAUAUAUCUCCUAUUUGCGGCGUCUUCUUCUAUAAAACCCACUCACCCAGUGUAUGUUUUGUGUAUGAGAGAGAAGCUGCAGAACUAAAAGGAUAAAUUGUCUUUGCAAUAAAUAUUAGGUUAGAUCCAACUGGAAAAGAUGAGUACGAGCAAGGGGAACAGUGGCAAUGGAGUCCAAGCAAUACCGGCGGGGUCGAGGAAGAUGGUUCUGAGCUUAAAGGAGAUAGUUAAUUGUCCUGAGGCUGAGAUCUAUGCCACCCUAAAGGAUUGCAAUAUGGACCCUAACGAGGCCGUCCAUCGACUCCUCUCUCAAGAUCCAUUUCACGAGGUGAAGAGCAAACGAGAAAAGAAAAAAGAGAAUAAAGAUACCUCUGAAUCGAGGUCUCGUGGUGCUAGUAAUAAUUCAAAUAGAGGCAGCAAGAAUAGUUCAGACCGAUCUCUUUGGCGUGGUGGUUCAACGCCAUAUAAUUCUUCUGAGUCUGGUCCUUUGCAUGGAAAAGGCACGUACAAGAAAGAAAGUGGAUCAAGUUCUUAUCCAAAUACUUCCACUUCAGUGUCUAUUAUGACAGGAAGUAUUACAAACACACAACCUCCAGCCCUCAGCGAUGUUGCUACCACUGAAUAUAAAGCAUCGUCAGAUGAUGCAGCUUAUGGUGUUUCAUCUGGAUUGCAUCCUCCUAGUUAUCAACCUGCUUGGGUGGGUGUUCCAGGCCAAGUAACAAUGGCGGACAUUGUGAAGAUGGGCAGACCACAGAAGAAAGCAACUAGUGCUCAUAAUGUAGCCAACAAUGGUAAUCGUCACCAUGUUGAAGGACAUUCUUCCACUACCUCGCAUCAUAAUUCAUCUCAGGAUGUUUCUGCCAUUGAUGAGUGGCCUUCUAUUGAGAGGCCAGUGGCAGCUAAAAUGCAAGCUGUGUCAGAACCAUCUGUAGAGCCCGAGCUGCAUCCAGAUGCAUCUGACUUACCUUUCGAUGGGAUCCAUCAACAUUCAGAGACUGAGGAGGAGGUUUGGAAUGCAGAAGAUGAUAAUAUUGAAAAUCUUGGCACGAAUGACAUGGUAUCAACUUCUAUUUCCAAUAGGAAUAUUCCAGAGGAUAAUUCUGGAGGUGCAUCUUUAUUCGAGGACCACUUAUAUGAAAACAUGGGCUCAUACCAGCAUCAUGGUCAUCCUUACGAGAAUGAGGAAGUUGAAGAAGUUGGUGUUUCGGUAUCAUCAGUCGCCGCAAACUUGCAACAACUAAGUGUGCAACAAGAUGACCAGGGGCUGCCUGCUGAUGCUGAUGGCCCUUCUGUGGUAAUACCAGAUCAUUUACAAGUUCAAACUGCUGACUGCUCACACUUGAGCUUUGGUAGCUUUGGAUCUGGAAUGAGUGCUGUCUUUUCUUCCGGGCCUUCGGCAACCACACCUGUUAAAGCUAACUUGGAAGAAGUUCAUAGAGAUGCAGAUGUUUCAUCUAUUGAUCAUUCAGACAAUAGAAAUUCUGAGUAUUUUGGAGAUGAUUCUCUUAAAAAUGCGCCUGAUGAUAAUUUAUUCCACAGAACUGGUGCGAGUAGUGGGAGUUAUGAUGCAUCACAACCAGAGGAAUUGAAGCCUGUGAACAUUGAAAUGGCUCAUGGAAAUCAAUAUGCUUUUCCCACGCCUAACACUGAUUAUACAUUUGAUAACGCCCAACACCUAAAUGUUGCAUAUGCUCAAUCUCAAACGAGCUCCCAGAUUCAAAAUCUGACUCCCUACUCGAAUGUUAUGCCAUCACAUACAAAUUCAUUACCAAGCACUUUGUUGGCCGCAAAUGUUCACUCUGCUAGAGAGUCUGAUCUUCAAUACUCACCAUUCCCUGUGACUCAAUCAUUACCUACGAAAUUUGGCAAUUCUGCGUCCUCCAUUGGUGGUUCAGCAAUUUCCAUGCCAGAGGCUUUGAAGACUUCUAGUUUUCCAUCAACACAGCCUACACAACUAUCCCUUUCUGGAACCAGUGUUGCAUCAGGACCUCCCCUGCCUCAACACCUUCCUGUACAUCCAUAUUCUCAGCCUUCUCUCCCAUUGGGACCAUUUGCCAACAUGAUUGGUUAUCCUUUCUUGCCUCAGAGUUAUCCAUACAUGCCUUCUGCUUUCCAACAACAAUUUGCUGGCAACAAUACGUACCAUCAAUCUUUGGCAGCAGUACUUCCGCAGUAUAAAAACAGUGUUUCGGUCAGUAGUUUGCCUCAGUCUGCUGCUGUUGCUUCUGGAUACGGUGGCUUUGGAAGUACAACAACGAUUCCUGGGAACUUCCUUAUGAAUCCUCCUGCUGCCCCUUCUGGAACCAACUUGAGUUAUGAUGACGUUUUAAGUUCUCAGUACAAGGACAGUAGUCAUUUGAUCAAUCUUCAGCAGAACGAGAACUCGCCUAUGUGGCUUCACGGGGCUAAUUCCAGAACAGUAUCAGCAGUCCCAGCCAGCACGUAUUACAAUUAUCAGGGGCAAAGUCAGCAAUCUGGUGGAUUUAGGCAAGGCCAGCACCCAUCACAAAGUUAUGGAGCUCUUGGUUACCCAAAUUUCUACCAUUCUCAGACAGGGAUCUCUCAGGAUCAUCAGCAGCCAAAUCCAAGAGAUGGUUCGCUUGAAGGCUCUCAAGGACAACCUAAGCAGUCUCAACAGUUAUGGCAGAACUACUAAUCUUACUACAUCCUGGUUUUCCAGGGUCUUGUAAUGAGUGUGAAAGUGGCCUUUUCGUGCCAUACUCAACGUUGGAUAAUUUUAUUUUAUGAAGUUCAAAGUGGAUUUGAGUGGCUGAUGUACUUUAUGUAUUUAUUAACAGUUAAUGUAACGUAGGAAUGUGCGUGCUAAUUCGAUGUUAGUCGAGACUCGAUUUCAUCA